UAGUAAUCCUUUUAAGCAAGUUCUGAAAGUUUGCUAUAAUUGUUGUGCACGUGAUUUGCAAAAUAAUUGGAAAGCAAACUUUGACUGUAUUACUCCGGCAAGUAUGCGUAUGUCCGACUUUCCUAUGUUUUAUUCCGACGUGACUAAUUGCCUUGAUAAUGAAUGAGUACAGUACGUUUCAGUCCUCCAUUCCAAACCCAUAUCCGAGGAGGCUUCCUCAGCAUUGGAAGCUCCUCUGCUUGCUGACACUGAUGAUACCGUAAACGGCGCCGUUGACUACAAGGGACGACCUUCCAUCAGAUCCAAAUCUGGCUCUUGGAGAUCUGCUCGCUUUAUCAUAGGUGUGGAAGUGAGGAGAGGGUGGCAUUCUAUGGGAUUCAGGGGAACCUGAUAUCGUAUCUUACAGGGCCGCUGCAGCAGAGCACGGCGGCCGCAGCCGAAAAUGUAAACAUAUGGUCGGGAGCAUCCUCCCUGCUUCCCCUCUUUGGAGCAAUCGUCGCCGAUUCCUAUCUUGGACGCUACCGCACUAUCAUUCUCGCCUCCCUCGUCUGCAUUUGGUUACGAGCUGAUGAGUUUUCGGGGCCCUGACGUGAGCUGUGUGGACAUCAGGCCGGGAGGGCAGGGCAGUCAGUAGUGCGCUUAGGAUGAUUGUAGAUUUGUAGUGAUCCAAAAAUGUAGCUUACCUCGAGGUUCUCCUCACUCUGUAUUAUACUGCUGCUAUGUAACCGUCAGGCAUUUCAGAGAGUCAGAACCUGAAAAAGAAUGAUCAAUUUUGGGUUAUUAUGUAACUUUUUACGCUAAUCUUUAUCAUAAUUAUCAAACAUAAAUGACAUGGGUUAGGAUCGUUAACAAUAUCAGCUAUGCUUCCUUCUCUCAACAAUCCGGAGUGCCAAGUUGGCAGGAAACUGGGAUCAUGCGCAACUGAAACUCAAGUAAUCUUGUUCUUUAUCUCACUUUAUCUGGUGGCCAUUGGACAAGGUGGACAUAAGCCCUGUGUUCAGGCAUUUGGAGCCGAUCAAUUUGAUGAACAGCAUCCGAAGGAGCUCAAGGAUAGAAGCUCGUUCUUUAACUGGUGGUAUUUCACAAUGUGUGCAGGUUGCAUGGGAACUCUUUGGAUUUUGAACUAUAUACAGGACAACCUUAGUUGGGUCGUUGGAUUUGGAAUCCCUUGUGCGGUGAUGAUCAUUGCAUUGCUUGUUUUCAUUCUUGGAACAUGGACCUACAGGUUUAACGUCAAGGGCCAUGGCAAGAGCCCUUUUCUCAGAAUUGGUCGUGUCUUUGUUACAGCUGCGGGAAAUCGGCAAGCAGAAACCAUCCAAGAGGAAACUAGUGGAACACUCCCUCCUCAAAUUUCCCAACAGUUCAACUUCCUCAACAAAGCAUUAUUAGCACCAGACUGUUCCAUCAAAGAAGGGAAUGUCGCGGGUAGCGUCGUGGAGGUGGAAGAAGCAAAGGCAGUACUAAGGCUGGUUCCUAUUUGGGCAACAACUCUGCCGUUCGCUAUUGUGUUUGCUCAAGCCCCUACCUUCUUCACGAAGCAAGGAUUUACGUUGGAUCGCACCAUAUUUCCGGGCUUUGACAUACCUGCUGCUUCUCUUCAAACGCUUAUUGCACUUGCCAUUGUUGUCAUCAGUCCCAUCUAUGACCGCAUAUUUGUGCCAAUAGCUAGAGCCAUCACCAGGCAACCCUCCGGCAUCACAAAGCUACAAAGAAUUGGGAUUGGGAUUUUUAUAUCGAUAUUUAAUGUAAUAUUUGCGGCUCUUGUUGAGAUGAAAAGACUGCAAACAGCACAAGAGUUUGGUCUUGUUGAUGAACCGGAUGCAACCAUUCCCAUGAGUAUGUGGUGGUUGAUUCCCCAGUACCUCUUGCUUGGAGCUGCAGAAGUUUUCACCAUGGUUGGUCUGCAGGAGUUUUUCUAUGAUCAGGUUCCCGAUGAACUACGAAGCAUGGGUCUUGCUCUGUACUUGAGCAUCUUUGGUGUGGGAAACUUUCUAAGCGGCUUUCUGAUUUCGGUUAUUGAAGGAGUGACAGGCAGCGAUGGACAUGACAGUUGGUUUGCUGAUAAUCUGAAUAAGGCGCAUCUUGAUUACUUCUACUGGCUACUUGCUGCCCUUAGUGUCAUCGGAUUUACUCUCUUCAUUUGCUUUGCAAAAUCCUACGUUUAUAAUCACAAACGGAUUUCUCGAGGAUAACCCACUUAUUGUUUUUUUACUUUUUUCUCGUUUUGCUGGGAGGAAUAAUUAUUUCUACUACUGAAGCGACUAAGGUUUACCCAACCCCUAAUCCCCUAUACCACCAACUAUUAUUUUUGCCAAAGGCAGUAAGAGGAGGGGGAGAAUAAACACA